GUUUCUAGGCGGAGCAUGGCAGUAGUCGACAGCAGGGGCGAGCAAGAAGAUCUCGCGCCUGUAAUUGCUAUGCAAGUGCGACCUUUGGCGAAUCUAAAGGAUGAGCCGGAUUCGGACGGCAUUCAGCAGAAAGGCGGUGAGGUUAGGAUUAAUGAGGACCGAUCUACUAGCCAGAUAUCGUCUACCUCUGCAAUCGAAAAUGUUUCUACAUCAGUCAACAUGAGCGACAUGAGCAGCCCCAGUCUUGUAGGACAAAGCAGAAAUAUUAAGCCGUUCGGACGCGGCAGUCCUAAAGCGAAUGUGGGAAAUGGCGAAAAACACAAGAAAAAGUCUGCAAAACAGCCUUACAUGUACAUCCAAGAUGGCGGAGGAGGAGGUGAAGAGGACUUCUCAUUUCCGCCUCCUCAUAGAGAAGAUCUAGUAGUAGGUGACCAUGACAUUCA